AUGAGCGAUAAGCCGGAAAGAAGUGGCUCCAAAGCGUCGGACUCGUCGUCGUCCACCAGCGAAUUUCCAAAUGCUGACCUCAGCAUUUUCAGCGGAUCUUUCGAAAAUGGUCGGUGAAAAAUGAUAUUUCUCACCCCAGUCUGAUAAUUUUGUUUUCAGGAGUCUUCACUUCCAACCUUCCACUGUUCGACUUCAUGGGAGUUGGAAACCAAUACUCUCUGUACUCGCCGCAGCCGUUCGUCAAGUCCAGCGACCCGUGCCGUUUGACUGCCAUCACUACUCCAAAAGAGCCGUUGAAUCUGAAACCCGCUGACUUCGGACUCGCUGAUUUCUCUGUCGGAAACGAAUCGUUCGCCGAGUUCUCCGCCAACAAUUCGUCGUUCGUCGGAAACUUCCAAAGCAACGUCCGUUCUACUCGUCUGCUGCCCGCCUGGGCAGUCGACAUGAGCGGAAAUAUUCGCGAAGAUCUGUCGCUGCAGGAAGUCGUCCGCAACGGAUCUCUCAUAGACUUUGCAAUGGAUCGGACUGGAGUCAAGUUCCUUGAGCGUCAUUAUCCCGCCGAUCCGGAAGAUGAUAUGCACCGGAUGCUGUUUGACAAGCUCACCGAGCAGAACACCGUCUUCACAAGCCUCUGCCGCAGCGCCGCUGGCAACUUCAUCAUUCAGAAGUUUGUGGAGCAUGCUUCGCUAGAUGAGCAGGACCGUCUGGUGGUCACGAUGACCGAAACCGGACUCAUCGAGAUGUGCUUGGACAAGUUCGCGUGCCGCGUCAUUCAGUUGGCCAUUCAAGCAAGCUACUUUUGUGUCUAACCUCUAUCGCAAUUUAAAUAUUUUCUAGAAGUUCGAUGAGUUGUCGGCGUCGAAGCUUGUCGAAGAAAUCAGCAACUUGAACUUCUUGCCUCUGUGCACGGAUCAAUGUGCCAUCCACGUGCUCCAGAAGAUCGUGAAGCUGAUGCCCAUCAAUGCGUGGUCGUUUUUUGUCAAAUUCCUCUGCCGGGACGACAAUCUGAUGUUGGUUUGCCAAGAUAAGUACGGUUGCCGUCUCGUCCAACAGACCAUCGAUAAGCUUUCUGAUAGCCCAAAGGUAACCAACCCAGUUCUUCCAAAGGUUAUCAAAUUGUUUACAGCUCCCGUGCUUCAACUCCCGUCUCCAGCUGCUUCAUGGAUUGAUGACGUCGGUUGCUCGCAAUUGCUUCCGUCUUUCGUCCAAUGAGUUUGCCAACUAUGUUGUUCAGUACGUGAUCAAGUCGUCUGGAGUGAUGGAGAUGUACCGGGACACGAUCAUUGAAAAGUGUCUGCUUCGCAAUCUUCUGUCGAUGUCUCAGGACAAAUACGCCUCGCACGUCGUCGAAGGUGCGUUUCUCUUCGCUCCACCGCAUCUUCUCUCGGAAAUGAUGGACGAGAUCUUCGACGGAUACGUCAAAGAUCAGGAAACAAACCGCGACGCUUUGGACAUUCUUCUCUUCCACCAAUACGGAAACUAUGUCAUCCAGCAAAUGAUCUCCAUCUGCAUUUCUGCCCUAUUGGGAAAAGAGUGAGUUCUACCAGAUUACCGCUUUGCAACCCUUUUCUCCCAGGGAACGCAAGAUGCUCCCGUCGGAAAUGCGUCUCUACGCCAAGUGGUUCGACCGCAUCAAAAGCCGCGUCAACCGCCAUGCGAGCCGCCUGGAACGCUUCUCGUCGGGCAAGAAGAUCAUCGAGUCGCUGCAGAAGCUGAAUGUUCCGAUGACGAUGAUGGACGAGCCGAUGCCACUGUGGGCGGUUCCGACACCGCUCAUGGACAUCACUGCGCAGCUCAUGAACCGUCAGAACUGCCUGAAGCGUUCCGUCUUCGAGGAGUAA